CCCUCAGUUUAUGUACGUCUAGUAGAAGAACUGUGUUUCUCAUCUGCCCUGUUAAACAGCUUCUUGCCUGCCACAGAUGUGAGAGCUAACUGUGCUCAUUUGGCGCAGGCUUAAGGGUCCAGCCACCAUGGGUUUCUUUGCCAAAUGGGGCUGUCAUAAUGGUCAAGGGGAUAACUAGUGUUGAAGUUGGCCUUGGCAUCCCUUCCCCACCCAGCAGAAGUGCACAAGUAACAGUGCUUUAGGGUGAGAAACGGUUGUCCUUCCGUGUAGGUGCUUUGAGUGCUUAGGUGGUUUCAGAGAAAGAUGAGCAUGAUUUGUCCCUGUCGCUGGUGACAGCCCCAAGCAGUGUGCUUAAGUCAUCCCUUUUAAUCUCAAGUGUUGAAGAAGUUCCCACUCAGGGAACUGUGUUCUAGGGUCUGACAAGUGGCUUCUCUCAUGAGCUGAGAAAGUGUCUUGGUUUACCGUUUACUGAAACCACGUCCUCUUGCAGAGAGCUGUGUGUUACCAUCUUGAUUUCAAGUAUUAAAGCAGGAGUUCUUGGAUUCUUUUUCAAGAUAAACUAUGGUUUUGAAAGAAGCACCAUGGCCAGCCCAAGAACCAGGAAAGUUCUUAAGGAAGUUCGGGCGCAAGAUGAAAACAAUGUGUGUUUCGAGUGCGGCGCCUUCAACCCACAGUGGGUGAGCGUGACCUAUGGCAUCUGGAUCUGCCUGGAGUGCUCGGGGAAGCACCGUGGGCUUGGGGUUCACCUCAGCUUCGUCCGCUCCGUCACGAUGGACAAGUGGAAGGACGUGGAGCUGGAGAAGAUGAAGGCGGGCGGGAACGCUCGGUUCCGGGAGUUUCUGGAGUCUCAAGAGGACUAUGACCCCUGCUGGUCGCUGCAGGAGAAGUACAACAGCAGGGCUGCUGCCCUCUUCAGGGACCGGGUGGCCGCUCUGGCCGAAGGCAAAGAAUGGUCUCUGGAGUCAUCGCCCGCCCAGAGCUGGACUCCGCCUCAGCCCAGGACGCUGCUGUCCUCUGCCCACCGAGCCUCUGGCCAGCUGCAGAACUCCACUGCCUCUGGGGACAAGGCUUUCGAGGACUGGCUGAAUGAUGACCUUGGCUCCUAUCAAGGGGCCCAGGAGAACCGUUAUGUGGGGUUUGGGAACACGGUGCCGCCUCCAAAGAGGGAAGACGACUUCCUCAACAGCGCCAUGUCGUCCCUCUAUUCGGGCUGGAGCAGCUUUGCUACCGGAGCCAGCAGGUUCGCUUCAGCGGCCAAGGAGGGCGCGACAAAGUUCGGGUCCCAAGCAAGUCAGAAGGCGUCGGAGUUGGGCCACAGUCUGAAUGAGAGCGUCCUCAAACCUGCCCAGGAGAAGGUGAAGGAGGGGAAGAUUUUUGAUGAUGUGUCCAGUGGGUUCUCUGAGUUGGCGUCCAAGGUCCAGGGAGUUGGCAGCCGGGGCUGGCGGGAUGUCACUACGUUUUUUUCUGGGAGAGCAGAGGAUUCAUCAGACAGACCCCCGGAGGGCCCGAGCUACCAGAACAGCGGUGGAGACAACUCGCAGAACACCCUCGACCAGAGCUUCUGGGAGUCCUUCGGGAGCGCUGACCCUGCCAGGGCCCACCGGUCCCCAAGCAGCGACAGCUGGACAUGCGCGGAUGCCUCAGCCGACAAGAGGAGCUCGGACAGCUGGGAUGUAUGGGGUUCGGGCUCUGCGUCUGCGUCCAACAAUAGGAUCAGCGACAACAGCGACGGCGGGGAGGCCUGGGGGGGUGGUGGGGAGGGCCGGGCCAAGGUCGCCAAGAAGGCCAUGCCGCCACCUGCGGUGGACGAUGGCUGGGACAACCAGGACUGGUAGGGCCCCGAGGCCAGGUGCAGCGGCUGCUCCGCCUCCUCCCUCUUUCCGUUCCACCCAAGAAAUGCCGGACGUGCAAGAAGACAGCCUCAGCCGAGACCCGAGAGCCACGUGCUUGUGGGAGUGGGGGCACGUCUGCGUCCCUGUGCUCGCUUUCCAGGGAACCCGAGCCGGGUGCUGUCGCAGGCAGGGCUCCCUGCUGCUGCGGGGCCAGCACACCCAGCCCCUCCCCAGUGAGCUCGGUAAUAAAUGCUCUCCCAGUGUUGCACGCGGCCA